CGACCCCGGCAGGUUACCCCUGUGCUUCUCGCGACUGAAGAGCCUUUGGUGUGCAGCCCACUGCAUACAGUCUCCAUCAUCCUUCCUUUCGCAAGCCCGGUGACUCCUUAGUUUGGGCACCAGCUUCCACGGUUCGGCAAUUCAGCCAUGGCAUCCGCACAGGGCAAUCACCAGCAGCAUAGCUCAGACGACGCAGAUCGCAAGAACCGCUUCCUGUCUGACCAUGGCACGGACACCCCUAACAGCCUCCGCGAGCGCGCAGCUAGUCAGCCGCCAAGAAGUACUAGUCAAGGGUUCACGUCUUCCCCUAUGCAGCCGACGAGGAACCCCUCUGGGACCAUCUGGCCUCGUCUCUCCGGUCUCAAUCCUAACAGCAUCAAUGGUGCCCUUCCAUCCUCAGUUCCCACGCGAAGCGUAUCGUUCUCUUCCUCUCCUCCCAGCCACGCCUUCUCCUCUGUCAUGCGUGACUCUCGCUUUGCCUCCACCUUCGAGGACGACGAGUUUGAGGCCAUGUCCGAUAUCCAGGACUACGACACGUACGACCCGUACAUCGAUGACCCAUACCGCCGCGCAUCCAUGUCGACCACGCGCGGGCGCACAUACGCGGCGGAUCUGACACGGAGCAGGUCGCAGUCGCUCGCGACAGCGCGCCCGGGCGCAUUGGGCGGCGGCAUGUCACCCCAUGGGAGCAGUCGCUACGGGUCGCUAGGCGCACUGGGCAGGUCAUCAUCGAGCGGCUACGGCUCUAUCACGGACCCGUCGAACAUGAGUCCUUUCCGCCGAGACGUGGGCCAGAUCCUCCUGGACGAUGGCUCCGCCUUUCGAGAGCUGUACGCUAUGCACCCACCGCGCGACGAGAACGGCGGCGGCGGGAGCGGGACUACCAGCCGACGUCAUAGUGUGAGCGUGGUCCAGCCGCGAAGGCCGACUAUUGUUGGAUUCAAUGCACCAGGUGGAGACACGGAGGAGAUGUCCCGCCCCGGGGCUUUCCACUCUGCUUCCUUCGCAGGCGGUGGAGGCCUGUUGCUCACGGACGACGAUCUCGCUAGCGAUCUAAAUAUGCUCAACCUUCGCGACGAACCUCGUACGCCCUCGUCGAUGCAGCCUCCCAGCCAGCCGUCGUCGCUCCCCAUCUAUGCGCCCCUCUCCCGCAGCCCGCCCUCUGCAGACCGCCUCUCGCCGUACCAGCCGCUGCACCUCAACAUCCCCGGCAACUCGUAUGCGUCGCGUCAGUCCAUGGGCUCGCCGAGCGAGAGCGGACUCUCGGGCGGCAGCCCUAGCCGUGGCCACAUCGACAGCAUCGGUAGGGACAGCGGUUACGCUAGCCUCUCAGGCGAGACGACCCGUCAGACGCAGGGCCUAGCACGAUUCAUCCCCGGCCAAGGCAUCCAAAACAUCCCCGAGCAGAGCAUGCUGCAGACGCCCAUCUCGCCCGUCGGCGUCCGCGGGCACUACGCCGUGGCCCCGCAGAUCCAGCGGCGCGCGUCCGACGCCGCGGCGCCGGGGAAGACGCUGAGCGAGCUCGGCAGGGGCGUGCCGCUGCACUCCGUGCCGACGUCGUGGCCGCUGUACAUCGUCGAGUUCAAGGCGGGGCGCACGGAUCUGUUCUACAGCACGGACCAUGCGCCCGACAUCCGCGUCGGAGACCUCGUGAUCGUCGAGGCGGACCGCGGGAAGGACCUGGGCAAGGUCAUCAACGACACCAUAACGCUCGCGGAGGUGGAGGCGUUCCAGAAGCAGCAGAAGCUGAUGAACUACGCCGACGUGCAUGGUGUCCCCACGAGCCCCACUGCGACGGGGCCGCCUGCGGGUAAGGAAAUCAACCCGAAGAGGAUAUAUGGCAAGGCGCAGCCGCAGGAUACGCAACCGCUUGCGACGAAAAUGCAGGAUGAGAUCAAGGCGCUGGAGCUGUGCAGGAACAAAGUGCGCCAGAGGAAGCUGCCGAUGGAGGUGGUCGACGCAGAAUACCAGUGGGAUCGCCGGAAGCUGACGUUCUACUUCAUCGCUGAGAAGAGGAUCGACUUCCGUGAACUUGUUCGGGAGUUGUUCCGAUUGUACAAAACGAGGAUCUGGAUGGCCUCGCUCGGCGGUCCUGGAGGUUACGAACAGUGAAAGAGGACGCCGAACAACCGCCCGUCACGACAACAUGUACGACUACAAGAAUCCAUGCUCCACCCAGUAAACCUAUAGGCC